CAGCCCUACAGGGCUGGCGGUCCUUAAGGUCCUCACCCCCAUUCUCCUCAUUUACUCUCUGGUCUCCUGGUAUAUUCUCUGACCUCGCUACUGUCUCUCUUUUCCUCCCAAGCCAUACUACUGGUCCUACAGUGUUAGCUUCACGUAUGGGACCGCUCACUGUUAUUCAAAACACCUCUAGUCCGACGCCUUGGACACCUACAAGUCAAUGGGUUGAUCAUCUCCAUUUGCGGACUUCUCUGCCAUCCGAAAUUUGAUGUCAUUCCCAUUCUGGCUGCCUGGUGCGAGCCUAUGAUCACACACCAUGCAUUCCGAAGAGACCCCUCGCUUCACCCACUUUUCCUGUCAAUCGCAAAAAGUCACGGUGGCAUCAACCUUUGAAGGCCUUCUGACCGACCAGCCCGAGCAAUCCCCAGAAACAAAUAGCCUUAAAGCAGAUGCCUGGUGGCUGGACAUCUGUGAUGCGUCCGAAGAGGAUGUCAACGUGGUCGGGCAGGCCCUAUCGAUCCACCCCUUGACUGCUGAAGAUAUCGUCACGCGCGAGACACGAGAGAAAAUCGAAACCUUCCGGAACUACUAUCUAAUCUCAUUCCAGACUCUGCGGUCAGCAAAGGAAGGCAUUGAUUUGAGACGGAUUAAGUCGCUCACCACCGAGCCACAUACCAUCCCUGAUUCGGCCGGGUUCUACAUCCUCGUCUUCAAGAACGCUGUCGUCACAUUCUCGCCCAGUGGAUGUAAUCAUGUUUCGCGGGUACUGGACCGAAUUCGUCGGAUGCAGGAUCCAGCAACGCUGUCGAGCGAAUGGAUAUGUUAUGCCUUGAUCGACGACAUCAUUGACAGUUUCGGCCCCUAUAUGCGAGCCGCGGAACGAGACUGCGAUGCCAUCGAAGACCAGGUGUUCAUGGCGCGGGUCGACGACGUGAAGACCUUGAUCCCUCUUGUCGAUCGUUUGCACAAGAGCAUCACCCAACUCACUAACCUUCUGAGCGGGAAGAACGAUGUUAUUAACGGCUUUGUCAAGCGCUGCCAGGCCAAGAGCCAGAACGCCGUAUUCCCAAAAGGAGAAAUGAUAGUGUACCUGGGUGAUGUGCAAGAUCAUCUGGUGACCACGUUGACCAGUCUAUCCCACUUCGAUGAGAUUGUCGGUCGGUCGCAGGCGAACUUCUUGGCUCAGAUGAGCGUCAACAACAUCCGAUUGAGUUUGAGUAUCAACGAGAUUCUGAGCAAGGUGACAGUCCUCGCGAGUAUCUUUGUGCCGUUGCAUACGAUUACGGGGCUGUGGGGCAUGAACGUCCAAGUUCCUGGACAGGAUGCCGAGGGUCUGGCAUGGUUCUUUGGGAUUGUGGGGUGCUUCGUCGCGUUCGUUGUCGUGUGUUGCUUCAUUGCGUCAAGGCUGAAGUUGCUAUAGAUUUGUCCGAAUAGUACAGUACAUAAGACUUCAAGGUUAUAUCAUCUGCAUGCUGCAUAUGGGAGG